GUACAAGCACUGCGCCUUUUCGUUUAAAUUCAAAAUGAACAUCAGAUGACUUCAGAUGUCUUAAAGUUGUUUUAACCACUUUGUCUUUGACUCUGUGCUUUAAAGACGAUUUGCUGGUUUGUUGGAAGCAAAGGUUCAACACGGGAAGUAAAAACACAGUUGACCUUUUCCCACAAUCCACCGGGAGAGGGUGAAGGCGCGUUUUGUUGGUAGACAGUUGGUGGUGCGUGUCCGUGGGCAGGGUGACGGCUCCCUGGGUUCCAGCGCUAUCACAGCCUCGCAUGCAUGAUUACAGAGACAACGCGUCUGCUCUUCGCUCCCCUGUUUGCGGAUUUUCACGCUGAUUACCGGCGACAUGGCUCCCUACUUGCUGACAGCAGGUGUUAGCCUGCUGGCUAAGUCCUUCAGUGUGCUCUCCUGCACUGGCUCUCUGGCAAGGUGUACCAGCGUGCUGCCCUCUGCAUUCUUCAGCCCAGUGAAGUGUCUGACCUCCGAGGCCCGCUCCCCUCCAAAGAGACCUCUGAAUGGAUACAUGAGAUAUGUUCAGCAACAGAAGCCGAUCGUGGCCAGGCAGAACCCAGAAAUCAAAGCAGUGGAUCUCAUUAAGACGAUUGCCCAGCAGUGGAGAUCAAUGAGCCCAGAACAGAAACAGCCGUUUCAGGAAGCUUCUCUCCGGGCCCGGGAACAGUUCAAGGUGGAUCUAGAGCGCUAUCAAGCCCAGCUGACUCCUGCACAGCUGCAGCAACAAGCCCAGGAGAAGAGGCAGAGGAGGGCCAAGAGGAAGGCCAUCCGCAAGAAGAGGGAGUUGACAAACCUGGGGAAGCCCAAACGUCCUCGCUCUCCUUUCAACAUCUUCAUGUCGGAGCACUUUGAGGAGGCUAAAGGAAUUACGUCUCAGGCUAAGAUGAAGUCGCUGUUGGAGGACUGGAGGAAUCUCUUCAGCCAUCAGAAAAAGGUCUACACGCAGCUCGCUGAGGAUGACAAAAUUCGCUACAAGAAUGAGAUGAAGUCGUGGGAGGACCACAUGGUGGAGAUCGGAAGAGAAGACCUGAUUCGAGAGCAGACCCUGUCUAUCAAGAAGAAACGUGCUGCGAAAGCCAAGAAGGUAACAAAGAAGGCUAAAACCGUGAAGAAAGCCACGGGAACGUCAAAACCCUCCAAGAAGACCACAAAAAGCAGAUCAGCGAAAACUGUCAGCCCGCCGUCCACCAAGAAGACAUAAGACGCUUAUGUGGCGCGUCCACAGGAGGUGACGGGAGCUGUGAUGGCUCGGGGCGGAGCUCGGCCUCGCUUUUCUCUGACUUGAAAGUCACAAAGUCCCAGCUGUCUCAGCUCUUUAGGUUCAACAGGACAAAACUUUGAUAACCUUCAGACAGAUCCGCAUCAUUGAUGUCUCCAAAUAAACCGCGAUGGCAGCAUUCGUUAAAAAAAAAAAAAAAAAAAAGGUACUGUGAGUUUGUGAGUCCUUCCCUGUGAUGCAGACUCACUCCUCCAGGCUUAGAUGGAGUAGUAAAAUACCACAAGUUUGACUGAGACUUUAAAAGUGUGAGAGCCAAAUGAAGCAAACCUGUCGGCGUCGGAGCGCUGACGUGUACCGCUGUGGUGAUGACAGGAACAAACAGGUUCCUGUUGCCGUCCUAGAACACCUGCAGGAUUAAUGUGGGCUGCAUUUUUUAUUUCAACACAUCCACAAAAACAUCCUACAAUAAUGUAUUAUUCUCAGUGUGCCCUGUAAGGUCUGCAGCCACGAGUCCACCUGAACAUGAAAUAAAUCCAUACUUGGCGCUGGUGAGAUGCAGAGUGUGCAGCUUUAAAAGCAACGCUCGGAGCGGUCCCACAUUUCCUCUUGAGAUCAGAGCACCACUGUUCACAUAAAAGAAACCUGACUGAAUUUUAGUGUCAUUACUGUCACGUGUCGCUUCAGUAGCAACUUUAACAUGUGACGUCCUGCUGUCUGUGACCCUGAAUGAAAGCAGCUGACGAACCUCGAGUGCUUUACUCGGUUUGUACUCGGCUAACGUCAGGCAACAAAAAUCCACAUUUGUUCUGUUCUGUUAUUAUGAAGAGCAUACUCUAGUACUGAUAGCUGCUUUGUGUUGUAGAGUGUACAGUACUCUGUGCUGCCAUGUUCAUCCUGCUUCCUUAGUAUGGUGUUUUUUUUCUUCAAUAAACAUUCAUAUACAGUU